AUGGCCCCCAGCGAGCCAACCAUUGCCAUGACCCCGCCGCAAAAGUCUGCUCCGCCGAUCUCGCUACAUCAGUACAACAUCAUGGUGUCGUCAAGCAUCCUCGGCUUCCCCCGCCAGGGCGUUCUGCGCGACCUCAAGAAGGCCAACGAGGCCUACUGGGGCGGCAAGCUCUCGCGCGAUGACCUCCUCGCCGAGGGCAAGCGCCUGCGUGCUGCCCACUGGAAGAUCCAGAAGGAUGCCGGUGUCGACAUCAUCCCCAGCAACGACUUUGCUUUCUACGACCACGUCCUUGACCACAUCCAGCUCUUCGGUGCUGUUCCUCCCCGUUACACCGACACCAAGCUCGAGCCCCUUGACGAGUACUUCGCCAUGGGCCGUGGCCACCAGAAGGACGGCAUUGACGUCCCCUCCCUGGAGAUGGUCAAGUGGUUCGACUCCAACUACCACUACGUGAAGCCUACCUUCCAGGAUGGCCAGGAGUUCAAGCUGUCCUCCAACCCCAAGCCCGUUGUUGAGUUCAACGAGGCCAAGGAGGCUGGCGUCACUACCCGCCCCGUCCUUCUCGGUCCCGUCUCUUUCCUCCACCUCGGCAAGCCCGACCGUGACCAGUCUGUCGACCCCAUCUCCCUUCUCGACAAGCUCCUGCCUGUCUACGUCGAGCUCCUGAAGCAGCUCAAGGCUGCCGGUGCCGAGUCUGUCCAGAUUGACGAGCCUGUCCUCGUCUUCGACCUGCCCGAGAAGACCAAGGCUGCUUUCAAGCCCGCCUACGAGAAGCUCGCUGGCGAGGGUCUCCCCAACCUCCUCGGCCCCGUCAUUGAGAAGCUCGGCCCCAAGCAGGUCCUGUCUGCUGGUGUCGUUGACGGCCGCAACAUCUGGAAGACCAACUUCUCCAAGGCCAUUGGCAUCGUCAAGGAGGCCGUCUCCAAGCUCGGUGAGGACCGUGUCAUCGUCGCCACCUCCAGCUCUCUGCUCCACACCCCCCACACUCUCAAGUCCGAGAAGAACCUUCCCGAGGAGGUCUACGCCUGGUUCGCCUUCGCUACUGAGAAGGCCACCGAGGUUGCCAUCAUUGCCAAGGCCAUCACCGACGCCGCUUCCGUCCAGGAGCAGCUCGAUGCCAACGCCAAGGACAUCCACGCCCGUGCCACCUCUGCCCGCACCAACAACCCUGACGUCAAGAAGCGCCAGUCCGAGGUCACCAAGGAGCAGCACAACCGCAAGUCUGCCUUCCCUGAGCGCAUCGCCGCCCAGCGCAAGCACCUCAACCUUCCCCUCUUCCCCACCACCACCAUCGGCUCCUUCCCCCAGACCAAGGAGAUCCGUAUCCAGCGUAACAAGUUCACCAAGGGUGAGAUCACCGCUGCCGAGUACGAGAAGUUCAUCGAGAGCGAGAUCGACGAUGUCAUCCGUAUCCAGGAUGAGCUUGACCUCGACGUCUACGUCCACGGCGAGCCCGAGCGUAACGACAUGGUUCAGUACUUCGGUGAGCGCAUGGACGGUUACGUCUUCACCACCCACGCCUGGGUCCAGUCUUACGGCUCUCGCUGCGUCCGUCCUCCCAUUGUUGUCGGUGACAUCUCUCGCCGCAACAACGAGGCCAUGACCGUCAAGGAGUCCAAGUACGCCGCCGCCCACUCCAAGAAGCCCAUGAAGGGCAUGCUUACCGGCCCCAUCACCUGCCUCCGGUGGUCGUUCCCCCGUGACGACGUGCACCAGUCCGUCCAGGCCCAGCAGCUCGCCCUCGCCCUGCGCGACGAGGUCAUCGACCUCGAGGCCGCCGGCAUCUUCGUCAUCCAGGUGGACGAGCCCGCCCUGCGUGAGGGUCUCCCUCUCCGCAGCGGCAAGGAGCGCGAGGCCUACCUCGAGUGGGCCGUCGACUCGUUCAAGCUGUCGACGGCCGGCAUUGCCGACUCGACCCAGAUCCACUCGCACUUCUGCUACUCGGAGUUCCAGGACUUCUUCCACGCCAUUGCCGCGCUCGACGCCGAUGUGCUGUCCAUUGAGAACAGCAAGUCGGACGCCAAGCUGCUGCAGGUGUUUGACCGUGAGGCGUACCCCCGCCAGAUCGGCCCCGGUGUCUACGACAUCCACUCCCCCCGUGUCCCCUCGGAGGAGGAGAUCAAGACGCGCAUCGAGGAGAUGAUCACCAACGGCCUCCGCCCCGAGCAGCUCUGGAUCAACCCCGACUGCGGUCUCAAGACGCGCCAGUGGAAGGAGACCAAGACGGCGCUGACCAACCUGGUCAACGCCGCCAAGUUCUUCCGCGAGAAGUACGCCGACAAGGCCUAA